ACUCGGACGUGUUUCGAAACACAACAUGGCGGGCAGCGAAGACGGAGGACCCUCGGACGAAAAUAGUGAAUGGUCUGAUUUUAGUCGCAACAACUCCGCGAUUGACACUUUUGACAAUGUCCACUUUGGAGCUAAAUCUCAGGACCAUACCAGUGUCAUUAAUACCCUUUUCACGUGUUUUCCCUUGCCAUCAGAUUUCCAGUCAGCUGACUUUUUUAACGGAGCGCCUUGCGCCAACGAAAGCAGAAUUCUCGACCAUGUAGAUCCUGCAUUGAAAACUUAUGGCGAACCUUUGGUUUGGCGGGGAUGUGAAACAGAACUGAAAUUCUCCAAGGCGUUACAUCUUCUACCGUGUGAUGACAGAAACCAUCUUCUACCUGGGCAUCUUGAGGAGGACUCAAACUCUGUCCCAACAAGAACUUUUGACUUUCAUAAAUUUGCUGAGAAGUUCAACUCACAAUUGUCUUGUCAGACAUUAAAUAGUGGUUCCAAUGAUCUUAAAGAGGAUCGUGUUUUAUCAAAUCAAUCUGAUCGACUCUCUAACAGUGAUGAUUCUAAUAGUGAAAACGAGGAUGAAAUUUUCUUGGUCUUCAGAGGGAAGCCCAAUAAUCGGCAGUCAACUUUUGAUGAGGGUCAGGCUGCAGCAGGGCUUUCUGAACUUUCAAAUGGAGAACUUUUAGACUUAAAACAAGAGAUGGCAGCUUAUGUCAAGGAGUACUCUGAUAUACUUGUGGAAGAACUAACAUUAAGAGAAGAAUUAGAUAGGGAAAAGGAAAUAAAAAACAAUUUCAUAUCAACAUUAUUAGCUGUUCAGUCCAAAAUAAGAGAAUCACAGACUGGUCAAGGAAAAGGAAAGAAGGGCUCUUCUGCGUAUUCAGGGAAAUAUUUAACUACAGUGAUUCCUUAUGAUGAUUGUGAUGGAGGUCCAAGCAAUAAAGUACUACUGCAACUGAUUGAGAUUAUGGAGGCCCUCAUUGCUGACAGCCCAACAGUUCCUGGUUUGUUAACUGAAUAUAUAUUGAAAGUGCUGUGUGCUGAAGACUAGUCUUUGCUGCUCCUCAGACUUCAAAUUUCUUGGACAGUUUAUGACAGAAAGAAACAUUUCAUUAUGCUUCUAUAUGUCAUGUCCCAUCGCAGCACCAUCAGCACAAAGAUUUCAUUGGCCUUGGCUUUUACAUGCACACAUAACUGAUUAAUGGAUGAAUGGUGGGAAAAAAUUUGUGUUCAGAUUAUACACUACACAAAGAAUAAUGAAAUUGGUCAAAGAGGCUUCUUAGACUAUUGCUCAAGUUGUGUCAUAUUGAAUGGGUGACUCCAAAACACUAAUGAAUAUUUCUAAUUAUGGGGGCAAGUCAGUAAAACUGACUUAGCACGACUCAUACAGUUUCAGAUGAAAUGAGUUUACCCAAAUACAUAAUAAAUAUAAAGAAAAAUAAUUAUUCAAUAGUAUAUCAAGCAUUUUUAAAAGUGGCUGCUUCAGAUGUUCAGGGAACAAAAUACUAUAUGUGAUUAAAGUAAAAAAAGGACAAUUAAGAUGUUUGCAGUGCCAUACAGUGGGGCUCUUGACCCUUUAAUCCCCAACAUUUAAUUCUUAAGUCUCCCUUCUAUCUGCUAUUAAUAUUUCUUGUUGUAAAUUAGUAAGGAGAAUUUUGUGUUGCAUCACUAUAAUGUCAUUUAACUGAUAAGUUUGUCUGUUUGCUGAAUUCUGAAUUAGUGUUGUAAGUAGUUUAAGGGUGGAAGGGGGAUAAGAUGCCUGUGUUGUCAUCUGAUAGUCAAAAUCUUAGAUGGCACUGUGUCAACAAUUUGUCGCUGAUGGUUUAAGUGUAGUCCAAGAUUCAAACAUCAUUUACUUCACUUGCUUCUAAAACUCAUGUUCUGAAAUUAUCAGUUGAUAUAUUGUGUAUGAAUAUGGAAUUAAGUUGUUAGUAGUAACUGUGGCUACUGUUGGAGAGGAAGUGGCAUUCUGUGUAAGAGAUAAAUGUUUCCAAAAAGAAAAUAAGAGAGCAAGUAGAUUUUAGCGGUUGUUAUAAUAUCUUGAUUACGACUUAUUGAAUUUAUUGCAUUGCACUGACUGAAGAACUGGUGAGUUUUCAUUGCUUGCAUUAAAUAUCCAUUACGUUGAAAAUGUUUGUGGAACUUGUAAAAGAUGGCUUAUUUAUUUUGUAAUAUGUUAAAAUGUUUUCUUAAUAUAUUUUUUUAUUUAGUCUAUUUUUUAAGCAAUUCUAGGCAAAUAUAUUUUAAGAGUUUUGAAGAAGCAUUGAUGAUACACAUUGCUUGAAGUUAAGUCUAAGAAGGAGUUAUGUCUAACAAGAAGAGAAAUUGAAGGUACACACUGCAUGCAAACCAACGAAUACUUAAAAUAGACUAAGUCACAUCAUUUUAGGCAAGUUCAAAGCUGACUGGUGUAGCACAGGUUGGCAAGGUUAGAGGAUUUUUACCAGCAUUUUUGAAAUUUACUUCAUCUGCUAGAUGUGACAUACUUUGGUUUUGUUAAAGGUUACAUUUAAUUUAGUUUGGAAAUGUGCCAACCAGUGUCUGAAUUCUAUUCACCUUCAGAGAAAAAUAAUGAAAACAAAUUAAACCUUCUAAAAUACUGUGACCCAGCCCCUUUGGCAGGGAAACACCUAUAAGAAAAGGUAUGUCUCCUCUAUUAACGUGGCUGGAUACAUUUUCCCAAAGCUCUGACAACAAUAAAGUUUACAACACUCUUUUUUGAAUUGCCUUGAGUAAAUUGGUUGAAAUUGAUUCAACAGUGAGGCCUUACCCAGAAAAAGAAAAUCCUAGCU